AUGGCCUCUGAGAGAGCAAUCGACCGGGAAGAGCGACAGGGCCUGCGUGCCAUUCGCGACUUCCUCAAAGCCCGCAAUAGUUACGAUGUGCUGCCCCUCAGUUUCCGACUCAUCAUCUUCGAUACCUCGCUCUCGGUGAAAGAGACUAACCUGGACCCGGACUCGGGCGACACAGGCAUUGUCUCAGCACCAUUGUGGGACUCGAAGGCGUCCAAGUUCGCCGGACUCCUAACCACCUCCGACUACAUCAAUGUGAUCCAAUACUAUUUCCAGAACCCGGCGGCGCUGAACCAAAUCGAUCAAUUCCGCCUGGACAGUCUGCGAGAAGUUGAAAAGGCACUCGGCGUUGCACCCCCAGAAACCAUUUCAAUCGACCCCGAGCGUCCGCUGUACGAAGCGUGCCGGCGCAUGCUUGAGUCGCGCGCCCGUCGUAUCCCUCUAGUCACCAGCGAUAGUCAGACCGAGCGGCCCCACGUUCUCAGUGUCAUCACGCAAUAUCGUAUCUUGAAGUUUGUUGCUGUUAACGUGCCUGAUACUCAGCAGCUACGCCGGCCGUUGGGGGAACUGCUGCUUGGUUCGUAUGAUAAUGUUGCUACGGCUUCGAUGGAUACACCCGUCAUUGAUGUCAUCCACAUCCUGGUCGAGCGCAGUAUAUCCAGCGUGCCAAUUGUAAACUCAGAGGGUGUGGUGUACAAUGUCUUCGAGUCGGUUGAUGUUAUUACCUUGAUUAAGGGUGGUGUUUAUGACGAUUUGAGUCUGACUGUGGGAGAAGCACUGAAGAAACGUUCUCCGGGCUUCCCUGGCAUUUACACUUGCUCUCUAAACGAUGGACUGGAUACUAUUUUCGAUACUAUUCGCAAGUCCCGCGUCCACCGUCUGGUCGUUGUUGAUGAGCACUUCAAGCUCAAGGGUGUGCUGACCCUGAGCGAUAUCCUGCACUACAUUCUCCUAGAAGGAGAGAAUGAAGAAGCAUGA